AUGUCUACCAUGGUGUUCAGCAGUGAGGAAAAACUCGAGAGACUAACUCAGGAGGACAUCAUUAACAAAACCAAGAUGGUAAUGCAGGGACUGGAGGCACUUAAGAGUGACCACGUUGUCAUCCUGAAAAGUCUGAUGGAGACGAUGAAGUACCUGAGCCAGGACCAGGAGGCUGGUCUGAUGCACGAGAAGUCCUCUUUACUCCACAAGUCUGUGGAGAUGAUUGAUUUGGGUUUGGAAGAGGCACAGGUGAUGAUGGAGUUGACUGCUCACCUGAGUACAGUGGAAUCAGAGAAACAGAGGCUGAGAGCUAAUGUACGCCGACUCAAACAGGAAAACAAGUGGCUGAUGGAGGAGCUGAGCAAUUCACAGCAGAAACUGCAAAUAAGUGAAAUGACGGUAGCCCAGCUCGAGGAGGAGAAAAAACAUUUGGAGUUCAUGAAUCAACUCAAAAAGUACGAUCAGGAACCCUUGCCUGAGGAGGGAGAAACUCAAGAAACAUUGAAAGAUCCACUAGAGGAUCUGUUCCCCAAUGACGAAGAUGCAAAUCAACAAGAAGCAUUGCAGCGGACAAGCAGCGGAGCAAUGACAGAGGACUAUGAGAUCCCAGAGCGCAUUAAAAUCCUACAGAAACUGGUCAUCCAGUACACCAAACAGUGCCGCUACGAGGUGGCAGUUCCGUUGUGUAAACAAGCUCUGGAGGACCUGGAGAGGACGCUGGGACAUGAUCAUCCCAAUGUAGCCACCAUGCUUAACAUUCUCGCCAGUGUAUACAGAGACCAGAGUAAUUUCAAAGAAGCUAUCCGUCUCCUCUACGACGCUGUGGCUAUCAAUGAGAAGAUUCUGGGUGAGGAACAUCCAUCGGUUGCUGCUAUGCUAAAUAAUCUGACUGUGCUGCAUGGGAAGAUGGGGAAGUUCAGGGAGGCUGAGCCGCUGUGUAAGAGAGCUCUGGAGCUGAGAGAGAAGGUCCUGGGUAGGGAUCACCCUCAUGUUGCAAAGCAGCUGAAUAACCUGGCAUUGGUGUGCCAGAACCAAGGCAAGUAUGAGGAGGUGGAGUACUACUAUUGCAGAGCUCUUGACAUUUAUGAGAAGAUUGGGAUAGACAACCCCAACAUUUCCAUAACCAAGAACAAUCUGGCUACAUGUUAUUUGAAACAGGGAAAGUACAAGGAGGCUGAGAUCCUGUACAAAGAAAUCCUAACACAAGCUCACAUGAAGGAGUAUGGAAUAGUGGAUGCUGAAAACAAACCCAUCUGGAUGCUUGCUGAAGAGGGCCAAAGCAUUGACACUCGUGGUGAAUUAAGAGACAACCAGGUGAUCAGCAAGGUCAUUCGAGCUCUUGGAAAUUUAUAUCGAGAUCAAGGCAAAACUGAAGCUGCAGAUAUAAUGGAGGACUGCACUAUGAAAACACGAAAACAGGGAGCUGAAGUGGUGCCUGUGGGGAACAUACUGCAGAGAAGGCUCUCAUCUCAUUACAGUGUGAAGUAUGAACCUGGAGAAGAUGGCAAUGUGGAGUGGAAAGGGUAUGGCUUGCUGGGAAGAAGUGGAUCUUUGGGAAAAAUGCGAGAGGUGCUGCGUAGGAGCAGUGAGAUGCUUGUGAAGAAACUGCAGGACACAAUAUUGCAAGAAACACCCAAUCCAAACAUGAAGAGGGCUGCUUCACUGAAUUACCUAAACAGGACAGGAAAUGAUAAUUACUCAUUUCAGAGGGGCAGGAGACUGAAAGACAGUCGAACUCUUAGCUCCAGCACUGUGGAGCUGUACAAAUCUACUGGCCAAUAGGAAACUGGGUGGAAUGUAAAAUCGAUCAG